CCGGUAAUGUACGAGCCUGUAGUCAGUGUUCACAACUACAUGCAUGUGGUGGCCGCUGUCCACCACGGUUAUGCAAGCCAGCGACCUAUUUACUGCGGGUUGAAGGUUCACAGUACUCGCCCGAUAGUCGGCUUACGAGGGAGCGCAGUGUACAAGCAACGCGAGUAGAUAGCGGAGAGACAGACACACGGACAGAGAGAACUACCCUGUCAUGCGGGGUGAGUAAAUAGGACAAUCUUCACUAAGUGCUGCGCUGUUGACGUGAGUUUAUGUUUGGUGGUCAAGUCUCAGAUGCCUGUGUUCGACAGAGUAGAUCGAAAGUCCAUUUUCCAUGGGGGCAAAGGUUACAGCGGAAGAGGCCAGGGGUAUGAGAGGUUGCAGACAACCCAUCGUGAUACACCUGGUACAAACCACUUACUGUGGAGUAAAGCAAAUGAAAACUCACCCUCUUAUAUGAAACGGCAAACGAACACAAACGCCUGCCCAUCGUCUGUGCAUUGAGAGGCGGUUUCCUCAGGCGUUAUGGCGUUUCAAGAAGAUUCGGACACAACACCCAUUCUUUCAAAAAGUCCAGAUGUCGAAAGGCAGACGACAAUUAAGACAGUCCGACAGAACCUGACCGCGCUUUGUGUCAUCUGGGUGUUCACCCUCACAGCUUUCUCAGGCCUACAGAACCUUGAAGCAAGCCUUAACCUUGACCUUGGGAUCUACUCUCUAGCCGCCCUUACCGGAAGUGGACUCAUCACCUCUCUAAUAGCACCCGCUAUCAUCAGAUUCACUGGAUGCAAAGGAGCUUUAGUUCUGUCCUGGAUAAGUUUCGGUGUGUUUGUUGGGUCCAACUAUUACCCGAAGACAUAUACCUUGAUUCCAGGCUCAGUAAUUAUUGGACUAGGUACAGGACUUCUUUGGACUGCUCAAGGUGUAUAUGUGACUACUUCCGCUGUUGAUUAUUCCAAAGUUACAAAAGAAAACUUGGAUUCUGUGGUCAGUAGAUUUUUCGGAAUAUUUUGCAUGGCGUUUCAGAGCACUCAAAUAUGGGGCAACCUCAUCAGUUCUCUUGUUUUCAACAAUGUUAGCAAUAACAUCACCAUCGAUGAUGUUACUCAUUGUGGAGCAAAAGACUGUCCUGGAAAUCUCCCGCCAUUUUCAAAUGAGACGUCAGCGGAAUCAAGGAAACCAGACGACACGACAGUGUAUGUGUUACUGACGAUCUAUCUCGGUUGUGUUGUGGUUGGGCUUAUCAUUACUGUAUUAUUCCUGAAGCCUAUCACUCCCCGAGGAUCUGAGAAUGACAUGGGCGUCGUGGCACUUCUGUCGUCAACGUUGAAGCUUCUUGUGACGGACAUCAACAUGGCGUUACUGGCGCCACUCUGUCUAUACACAGGCAUGGAACAAGUGUAUCUGUUCGCUGAAUAUACAAAGUCGUUCGUGACGUGUGCCCUUGGCAUCAACUGGGUCGGGUAUACGAUGAUCUGCUUCGGGGUCUGUAACACCAUCGGCUCCCCCGUCGUGGGCUGGCUGUGUCGUUACGUCGGCCGCAAUGUCCUCUUCAUCUUUGCUGCUGUGGUGAACAUCGCCGUCAUUGUGACCAUGCUGCUCUGGCAUCCGUCGCCUAGCAACAAGGUGGUGUUCUUCGUGGUUCCUGGUCUAUGGGGAAUUGCUGACGCUGUUUGGCAAACACAGAGUGCAGCCCUCAUGGGAGUUGUGUUCACGCACAAACAAGGGCCCGCCUUCGGCAAUCUCAGGACGUUGCAAGCGAUGGGCUUCACUAUAGCGUAUAUCUAUAGCAACCAGCUAUGUCAGUAUGUAAAACUCUACCUGCUUGGCGGGUUCCUCAUUGUUUCCAUGGCUUUGGUUGGUAUAGUACACUUCAGACGAAACAGCAGUCGGAAAUACACGGACCUUUAGCUGUGACUUAGAGACAGUAUCAAUAUCAUUCGGAUGCAAGCAGUUAAGUCCAUUCGUGACCAACUCGUGUUAUUCCGGGACAAACCGAAUAGCGUCUUCUUGGAGGUUACGGAAAGAGGGCGAGUGGCGACGAAUGCGCGUGUUAGUCCAAGGGAGACAAUUCAAUGUGACUUUUCUCUUGUGAACCAUGAAGAGAAGAACACAGACGGCGAGGAUUCAGCAAUUUUCGUUUCUCGUUGACAUGUGUUUAUAAUUAGCGUUAAUGCUGGCAAGGAACUUAACAUGCAGCAAUCAGAAUAGUUUUGUAGAACCCUGUGAACUUCACUCCCGUUACAGUGAAUACACCUUGAAAUGAUUAGACAUCUGCUCCUCACGUAACAAAAACAAAAAGCACCUAACCUUUGAGUCCAAUAUAAACUUUAUUCAUAAAUCCGACAAGCGUGUUUACGUAGACAUGCGUUAACGAACUCGUUAUCAGAACAUAAGUCAAUACCGGCAGUACUGGCAUCUGGGUUAGAGACAAUUGGCAACAAACUCUAAUUUGUACAACCCAAACCGAAUUUAGGUUCCCCUGAAACAUUGCCAAUUGUUUGGUUGGUCGAUGAUGAGAAAUCAGUUUUUCAUUUGUUACGUUCCUACAUACGCACGUGUUUUAUGCUCUCUGCGGACCAGGAGAUCUGUGAUUAUUCCCGAAGUAAACACCUGCUGUCAUG